AUUCUAAUACUAUUUUCUAAUGUAUUUCAGAUAUCUCGCUUACGCUGAUAGUGUGUGGGCAAAGAAGUGGUCUUUCCGCAUUGGUCGCUCAACAGUAUAUAAAAUUAUACCUGAAACAUGUGAUGCAAUUAUAAAAGCUUUACAGCCAAUAUAUUUACCACCGAUGACAAGACAGGAUUGGCGUAAUAUAGCUGAUGGAUUUUAUGAAAAGUGGAAUUUCCCUAAUUGUAUAGGGGCACUUGAUGGGAAACAUGUAAAAAUUCAGGCUCCAAAAAACUCAGGCUCUCUGUUCUUCAACUAUAAGAAAUUUUUCUCAAUUGUUCUUAUGGCAAUCUGUGAUGCCGAUUAUGUUUUCAAAUGGGUGGACAUUGGUGACUAUGGUUCAAUAUCUGACGGUGGAGUAUGGUUGAACAGUGACUUCGGCUCUAGCUUGGAGCAAGGAUUAAUUGAUUUGCCACAUCCAGAGCCAUUAUUAGGAACAAAUACUCCUUUUCCAUUUGCCUUUGUAGGCGAUGAAGCUUUCCCGCUCAAAACUUAUUUAAUGCGGCCCUAUGCAAAGCCAAAGAGAUUUCGACAUCAGCCACAAGUUCUUGCAGCACAACUACUAGUAAUCUUUGAAACAAAUACUAAUUAUAAUGAUGAAGAUGUAGAAAACGAAAACACACAAAAUAAUAAUGGAAGGAUUAAUGAAUAUUUGAACCACCCUGUACGUAGUCUUCCAAUACCACAGAGAAUUUUUAAUUAUAGACUGUCUAGAGCUCGUAGAGUAAUNGAGAAUGCCUUUGGUAUUCUUGUUUCAAAGUGGAACAUUUUAAAAACUUGCAUUUGCUGUAAAGUAGAAACUGCUGAGUCUAUUGUUAUGGCUCUUAUUUGUCUGCACAAUUUUCUUCUGGACAGUGAAAAGGAUAUAUUACCUACAACACGUUUGUAUAAAAAUCCCGGACUUGUUGACGGAUAUGGACCGGAUGGUGAAAUGCUAAAUGGAGAAUGGAGAGCUCAAGUGCCACAACAUGGUAUACUAGAACGAGCUGGUAGACUUGGAGCAAACAAUCCUACGCGAGCAGCNAUUAUUCAAAGAGAUAAAUUAAGAGAUUAUUUUCUUACUCAAGAAGGAGAGAUCUUGUGGCAAUAUGAUCAUGUACUACGAAAUGUUCCAAUUAUUAGAACUUUAAUGUAACUGUUACAUUUUUGGCACAUUCCAAAAAAUUAAACAAAGAUAAGCGUAAAUACAGUACAAAUAUGAUAUAUUAUGCUGUAUUUUUAAGCGAGUUUAUGUUGUUCAUUUUAGUAAAAUAUACAAACUGUAUACAAAAAAUUAUUUUUGUAAUAGUCUUAUCAAAGAAUAGAAUAAUUUUUCGUUUUUAUAUACAUAAUAUGAACACAAAAAAAUAUUAUAAUAUAAAAGUUUUUCGUAUAUUUCUACCCCAUCAAUUACAUUUUGGUAUCAGUUUUAAUAUUAAGAUAAUAAGCUAG